GGACCAAGAAGACGGAUUGGCACAACAUUCAUAAGAAGCAUGUGAAGAAAUUCGUCAUGCGAGUGGAGGAACAGAAGAAAGCGAAAGGAAUCCAAUAUGAAGAACAUAGCGAGGAUGCUUUCAACCAGUACCUCCGUUGGUUUCUUGACAACACUCGUGUUCAGAUCCUUCCGGACGCUUAUGGGCAUGAGAUUUUGGAAGAGCCCUUGAUAUUCGACGAUAUUGCCACCCUCAAGUACAACAAGCUUGUUAGGGAAGGGCGCCAAACCUCUUUUGCUCCAAUGCUAAACUUUGUGCGUACGGAGAUCCAGAAGCAAGCAGUUGAGCAUGAGACCGCUUUGGAGUCGUUUCCACAUGGUGAGAAGGGCGAGAGUUCAUUUCAAGAAUUUGUGAAGCGCCAGGGCCAGAAGCUACGUCGGUUGUCGAACCUACUUGGUUGCCGUGAUCCUGAGAUUAUGACGCCGUCCCAAUCAAGGUCCGCAUCGCCCUCCGACCAAGAUGAUGCGAACAACUCCAAUUCUACUGCCCGUGACGAGGAGGUUUCCGAUGAGGCCGAAGGUGAACCUGAGGUGGAUGAGGAUGAUGAGGAAGUGCCAUUGGGCAAGAAUGUGAAGAAUAAACGGUCCGUGUACAAGUUGAAGCCUAGAAAGGAACGGCAAGAUAGGUACACACCGGACGCAUACGCCAAGGCUCCGGCCGCAAGGAAGGCCAGGAAGAAAGCCGUCAUCGAGUCUGAUGAAGAAGAGCACAUGGAGCCACGUCAGAAGAUUCCGCCUAGGAGGGGAGGCAAGACCAAGCGUGCAAGAAAUUAGAUGUUCUUUGUUGGUAUGCACGAAUAUGGCCGUUGUGGUGCUAGUUUUUGCUGUAAUAUGGCCAUGCGUGCAAGAACUUGACUAUCUAGAAGAACUUGUUGGUAUGCAAGAAUAUGGGUGUUGUUAUGCAUUAUGAAACUAUUAUGACUAUCUAGCAAUUGUUGGAAUCUGGUGUGGACCUAUAUUUUUUGCUGUUUGGAUUGUGUUG